AUGCCGGGCAGGAGCCAGGGGCCUGCAGUUUCCACAAGGGGCAUGCAGAGGGCAGAGCACUGGACCUGCAGCGUGAAGGCCCUGCAUAGCACUGGGACCACAGGUGCCUGAGUGAGUGACACCUGGGCCCAGACAGAGGCCAGAGCUGCAAGCACCGAAGCAGGGUGCAAGCAAAGACACCCAUGGGGCUGCUGAAGCAGGGCUCAAACUAAAUGCUGACCAGUCAGACCAGGCAACAGCCCACGGGGGCUGAAGACUGAGCUGGCCAGGACCAUCCCCAACACCUGACCACCCCCUGGUUCUGCUGCACAGUGGCUCCUUGACGCCACGGGUGAGGAUGACGCCUCCAGACUAUAGCCAGAGUCCAGGUGCUGGCUAGUGUGCCGGGGGCAGGGCACACCACGAGCACCUUGCGGACCCUCCUGCAGGGGAACCACCUUCCUCCUGCCCCAGUGGCAGCUGAGAAAACUUCCAUCUCCUCCCCCGACACACAGUAGUUUUCCUGUGAUCCCUCGGUUGGUCCCCAGACGUCCUGCGGGUGGUGACUCAGGGGCUGGGCCUGGCGGGCCGGGCGGCUUUCCCACGUCUGCCGCUGCUCGUGUCUCGGGGGACACAGCCAGGGCUGCCCCUCCCCAUGCUGCCGGUCACAACACCAAGCACUCUGCCUGCCUGCGGGUACCAAGGGUGCGGCCAGCUCAGACGCCUAAGGCGGGGGGCCAGCUGCCCAUUCCUUGCCCGGCUGGACGCUCCCUGGAUCCAGAUGUGUGGGCAGCUGCUGGCAUGGCGGCCGUGAACGGCAGCAACUUGACAGGUGGGCCAUGGGGGGGGCCGCAGUAUGCACUGGGCCUGGCACUGUCCUGCAUCUACACAGCUGUGCUCUUCCCCAUCGGCCUCCUGGGCAAUGUGAUGAUUCUGGGUGUGAAUCUGCGUGCCCGCCGCAUGACGGUGCCCGACCUGUACUUCAGCAACUUGGCGGCGGCCGACCUGGUGCUGGUGGCCGACUCGCUCAUCGAGGUGUUCAACCUACAUGGCCAGUACUAUGACAAGGCUGCGCUCUGCACGUCCAUGGCGCUCUUCCUGCAGGCCACCAUGUAUAGCAGCGUUUUCUUCCUCGCCUGGAUGAGUGUGGACCGAUACCUGGCGCUGGCACGGGCGGUGCACUGUGGGCCCCUGCGCACCAAGCGGCGGGCGCGGCUCAGCUGUGGGCUUAUCUGGGCGGCGGCAGCCCUGGCCACACUGGCGCCCUUCUCGGCAGUGCAGCUGCACCCAGGUGCGGCCUGCGCCUGCUUCGCGGACGUGCGGGCAGUGCAGUGGCUGGAGCUAUGGCUGGGUUUCCUGCUGCCACUGGCCGUCAUUGCGCUCUGCUACUCGCUGGUAGCGCGUGUGCUGUUGCGGGCAGCCCGCCGCAGGGCGCCCCGGCCCCGUCGGCAGAGGGCGCUACGCAUGAUGGCGGCCAUGGUGUUGGUGUUCUUCCUGUGCUGGCUGCCCGAGAAUGUCUUCAUCAGCCUGCAGCUGCUCUGGCCGCCUGGGCCUGGGCCAUGCCCACCCUCCCUGCGCCAGUCCUACCCGCUGGCCGGCCACCUGGUCAACCUGGCUGCCUUCUCCAACAGCUGCCUGAACCCGCUGGUGUACAGCUUCCUGGGGGAGACCUUCCGCGUCAAGCUGAGGCUCUGCCUGCAGCAGCGGACAGGCACGGCCCCCCUCGGCCGCCUCUGCAACACUGCCCGCAAGGCCCCGGCCCGGCCAUCUGGCAGCUUCAGCAGCACCGUGUAGAAAGUCCCAGUCAUGCUGGUGUGUGUGUGGGGAGCAUGGGAUGACUGUGGACAGAAUGUGACUCGCCCGCGUGUGCCACGUGUGAACUACCUGGGAUGGCUAGCAGACUGCUGCCCGCAGAGGUGUCUCCCCAGAGAACUCCUUGACACACACGAUGCACCUGUGCCAACACCUGGACCCCACUGGUACUGACAAAUGAACCACACCUGUGCCGACAUCAGAACACAUUUGUGCAGACAACCACACCCUACCUGUGUCAACACCUGGACCCCAAUGUGCACACACGUGGACUACACCUGUGCAGGUGGGACACUACACCUUGCCAACAUCAGGACAUACCUGUGCAGACACCUGAACCUACCUGUGCCAGCACUUGGGCCCCAACGUGCACACACCUGUGCCAAUACCUAGACACCCCUGUACCAACUCCAGUGUGUGCUGGGCCUCCUGUAAAGUGUCACCCUGUCACAGCAGCCAGGCUUGUCUGCCACCACGCCCAGAGGUGGCUGAAACCUGAGUGUGUCACAGGUGGGCACUGGUGAAGGGACACGUCACACAAGAAAGUCUGUCAAUAAAUAGCCCUGUAAGUCCCUGUGCAUGGUCCUCCCUCCCUCCCUCCUGAGCAGAGAGCGCAGUGGGCACCCUGAACCCCGGG